AUGCCUGCCAAGAUAAGAUCCAGCUCUCGGCUAACCGCAGCAGCGACGGUAGCGAGCAAACGGGAAUGCAAGAACAGCCUUGCUCGUACAACGCUGAAGUUGGAAGGGUAUGAGAAGCAGCUUUUCGGUCGAUUGAUGGACAAAUCGAAGACUGCAAUCAUUUCGGAAGAAGAACGUGCAGAUAUUGCAAGAAUGCGGGAUGAGUUGGCAGCGACUCGCCAGGGCAUGGAUAUUUGCUCUCGAGCGCAAGACCACUUGAAAGACAAUGUGAGCACCAUCGACAAUUACGCCGUGGGCGAUGCCGUGCAAUUCAUGGUUUCGACCAGUGAGAAGACUAUUCAUGGUAAAUAUCAAGGGCUCGGCUGGAGAACGAGACAGGUGGGGGGCCACAUUAGCGAUGACUCGCUUCAACAGAUCGCAAGGAGUCUGACAAGCAUUACAAUCCCUAAUUCCGGACCUGACGUUGAUGUUGGGCCAGGAAAAGAGUCUGAUUCAAAGUUUAAGGAGAAAUACGGGAGGGGGUUCAAACUCACACCUCACAGAACUUCCAACACACGUCCGUCUGGUACAGGCUUAGCGGAGGGCGGUCCAAGCAGAUCGCCGAAGGUAUAA